CAAGGCGCGAGGAGGCGGAGGUUCCAACGCCCAGAUACCUGCUGGACGCGCUGGAUGUACCUGUGUACGCAUUCACUGAUCGGUACCGCAUGCUUCCACAAUGAAUUCGUCUAGAAGAAGUGAAAGUGACUGGCAAGGUUUAGUGAGCGAGUUUCUCAUAUGCAAGCGUAAGCUGGAGAGCAAGAAGGAGGCACUUCUGAUUCUGUCCAAGGAGUUGGACACUUGCCAGCAGGAGAGAGACCAGUACAAGCUGAUGGCUAAUCAACUCCGCGAGAGACAUCAGGGCCUAAAGAAAAAAUACAGAGAGCUCAUUGAAGGGGAUCCUAGAUUACCACCAGAGAAACGCAACCAGGUAAAUCUGGCUCAGUUGUUAAGGGAUUCACGGGACAGAAGUAAGCAGUUGGCGGAGGAGGUGAUGGAGCUGACUCAGAGACUAACCGAGGCCCAGGGCGACAACAAGCUGCUGAGGAUGACCAUCACCAAACAGAGGCUUGGAGAUGAUGAUGUUGGCGUCAGGCACUUCCCUGCUCACGAGCGUGAGGACCUGGUUCGGCAAUUGGAAGAGGCCGGGCUACAGGUAAAGUUCUACAGCUCCAUCCGGAACUGUUUCAAGAGAGAAGAGCUGGUGAGCAGCCUGAAGGCUGUGAGUGACGAGCUGCAGGACGUGAAGGCGGAACGGGCCGUGUUCCAGGAGAAGGCCGAUCGCCUCAACCGGGAGCUCAACCACGUGCUGGGUGGCCGGGGCAAGCGCAUCAUCGACGUGGAUGCCCUUUGCAUGGAGAACAGGUAUUUACAUGAGAGGCUGAAACAUGUCCAGGAGGAAGUCAGCCUACUGAAGAGCAAUAUAAUGAAAUACAAGACUGCCCUGGAUCGGCGGAAGAACUCUAAAACAGGCGGCAGAUCUAACAGUUGUGCGCUUACUGGGGUGCUCUCUGCCAAACAAGUGCAAGACUUGCUGUCCAUGGAUAACGGAUGCGGCCUUCCGGCCACACCCCAGUCCGUCUCCGAUCUGAAGUCCCUGGCCACGGCUCUGCUGGAAACCAUCCACGAGAAGAACAUAGUCAUUCAGCACCAGCGCCAGACCAACAGGAUUCUGGGGAACCGUGUGGCCGAGCUGGAGCAGAAGCUGAAGACGCUGGAGGUUUCUGGCCUUUGGAGUUUGCCGGGCCUGACCUACGACGUAUCGGUGGGAUUAGGGAGAGGUAAGGAGGCCAUUACUCUGGGCGAGGGCCGGCCCGCCACCCCUCCCUUCUCCGUCGGUCUUCUCCAACCUGCGUCCACUAAACCCACCAAGCCCCAGACCCCUGCAGCUGACAGGACAGGAAGUGGAGGGCUGUCGUCAUGGGAACAGGACACAGCUGGUGAUGACGGCUUCCUGAACGUGUGGUCUGGCUCCCGCCGCAGUCCAGAUGGAGGUGGAGACGAGGUAGAGACGCCAGUCCCGUGCGAGCGCCGAGAGGAGGCCGGCCAUGGCGGGGCAGUAGGCAUGGCCCGCCCGGAGGCUCCGUCCAGCGUCGGCGGGGAAACGGGGCCACUUGUGAGCAUAGGGCCUCUUGUGGAGCAGCUUCCUGUCAUUGAGGAGGGCGAGGUCUUAGAGGGAGACGGCAGCUUGACCGUGGAGGAAGGUGAAGAUGCCGCCAUGGUGCUGGCUUCCCCGCUGCCAGUCAGAUGUGAUUAUUCCACAAGUCUCAAUUCCGCACUUGUCUCUUCAGGUGCCGAUGGCCGACACUUACGAGACUAUAGCUGUCAUGGUUUCGGAGAGCUGUCAGGUGUAGCUUCUGGCCCAGAGAAUGCGUUAGAAGGAGGGCCCUCAAGUGCUGCUACCAUUUUCAAAGAGCCCAUCCAGCCAAGUUCCCCGUCUCUCUCUCACGGGUGGGAUCUGGACUGGCAGUCAGCAGAGAUUGAUAGCUGUCACAGUGAAAGUCUGGCUUAAGCAUUAAUCAGGUUCUUCCCUAAUUAGAGGAACCUUUUUUUUUUCUUCUUUUCACUAAGGAGGCCUGGAGUCUUUACAUCUGGAGUCGUAUUUUGGUCGUCCUGCUGUGCUGUACGUCUCGUCUUAGCUCUGGUCCACAGGAACCGAUGCGGCCUCGAUCAGGUGUUGCGGAACGGAGGCAAAAAUUAAACCAAAGUAUGAAAAGCCGUGCAAGUGAGCAUGUUUAAGGCAGUCACGCCGUCGGCACGACCUGAUUGUCUAAACGUUUGGGAAGGUUCGAACCAGUACGUUUCUUUGUUUUUACGUUCUUUGGUUUCAGGCUUCUGUGAAUGUUUUCAUCUGUCUAGGUUGAAUUGGUGUUGCAGUUAUAUUCCUCGAUUGGUAACAUUUAAACUGUGGUGUAGUUGCAGUACUGGUUGCUCUUUCAUCAACCGAGAGAAUUUCUCCUUACCCUGAAACGUUUUCUUGCAUGAAUAUCAGUAUCACUGCAAUAUGUACAUAUUUGCAGCCCGUACUGAGUAGGUGUCACUGAACUCUAGUAUUUCUCGCGAUCUGCCAUGUGUUUACACUUUGCAUGCAGUUAGGCCAGUCAGUCAGGGUCAGAUGGGUGCAGCCUUCGAACCAGCCCAGGAUGGCCUUUCAUUGAUGCUCAUUAUGUAACGGACCUGUCGCGGCACCACGACGUGGAGUAGCUCUUCGGGCGUCCAUUCGGUCUUCCUUCCGUGUCUGCUCACACACCACCUCCCAGCCUCUCCUUGUGGAAUGCCGAUUGCCUUCCAAGUGCAAUUUUGAAACACUUGCCAACCCACUCGCGUUACGCUCGAGUCCUGUUGCGCGGUAUCAUGCUGCAGGAUGUGAAAGGACGUGCGUCAGAACCGCGGUGCGUUUCACCGUUUUAGCCUGCUGAUCGUACACCGGUUUAAAUGUUUACAGUUCCCAGUUGCCACUGCACUUUGCUUUGUCGCUGCAUGUGCCUUAUAUCCAAUGAGAUGGACUGACUGCUUUCUCCGUUGGUCAUGUUAAACGUGCACAAUCGGUCAUAGACUGGAUGAUCUUCCUCAUGCUGUUAGGUUCAGGUCAAAGGUUGUGUGUGUAUGUCCUGACAUUGUAAACUGGUCUAAUGUAAAUUCAAAUAUAUUUUCUCAAACUGUCAAUGCAGCUGUGAAAUGUUUGUGUGUGUUCUACGGGUACCCAGGUGGCGGAAGGACAAAGAGAUCCUAGUUCACUGCAGUUGGUGAAUUGGUGAACUGUUCCAAAUGGUCAGUGUGUGGUGUUUAAAUGUUAUUCCAUCUGCAAACCCAGUUGUUAUCCAGAAGAUUAAAAAAGUAUUUCUGUUGCAUAUUUUA